UAAAGUUAAUCGUUUACAUGCUUAUUGGAAACAUGUAUUUUUUUUUGUGAAUGAAGAUAUCUGAAUAAUAAAAAACAGCGCAAAUUUGCGUUAUAAAGUAAUAAUUAAAUUUACUGUGAAAUUUUCUAUUAUUAGUAUUUCAUACACGUUGUUAUUUAAGUGGAAUUAGUGUAAUUCCAAAAACAACCUGCAAAGACGAUGUGAAAACGUAAGAUAGAUAAAUAUGGAAGAGUAGAUUCAACUCAUGGCUAAAGGCGCUGGCAUUGAUAAAAGGAAGCAAGGAAGUUUAAAUAAAGUAAGAACAUGUUCACACUCAUUAUUUCACUACAAAAUUGCUGUCAAAUUUCAAACAACAUCGAGUGAAAUUUUUAAGACAAAACAAAAAAAAGAAUAUAAAAAUACCAACACUAAAAGCAUUGACGAUUUUCAAAAAGAUAUAUUCAGAAUACUCAAGGAGUGUAUACAUACAGAUCUAUGCAUUUUACAUAAGUCAGAUGUACUUGAAAUAAAUAGUUGUAUUUUUAAAGCACGAUCUCCACAUUUAUACCAUGUAUUAAAAAACAAAUACUUUACUACCAAUACCAGUCCAAUUCAAUGCUACUUAAAUAUAACUGAAAUUUAUCAACAAAUUACUGAAUUUAUAAGACUUUUAUAUUGUAAUUCGGAUAUCUCAAAGGAGGAACAACGAUUGAUACAACUCAUAUUUCAUAUUGAAAAUAAUCUAGACGUGAUUAAUCCAUUUUUAGAAGUAAAUGUAUCAAAUGAAACUGAUGAUGCAGUUGAUUUAAGUCCUAAUACUUCAGAUAUGGCAGAUUCCGGAUUAGAAACAGGAUCAAUCAGUUUUCACGAGAAUACAGAGUCUGAAAAUUCUGGAACUGAUAUUGAAGAGUCACAUGUGACUGAUUGUGUAUCUACUGAUGAUGACUUUAUUCGAGUUUCUGUUAGUGGAGAUGUAGAAAGAGGGAAUAAAACUACUCCAAGCUAUCGAAAAGACUGGUGUCAUCAAGACCUCAUAGAGAAUAAGGUAGCAGGAACCAUAUCAAAUGAUGAUUGUGUGUGCAGCGUCAGCAAAAUAGAAAAAAAUAUAUCACAAUCAAAUUAUGAUCGGACUGACCGAGAAUUGGAGAACUGUGAAAUUGAUGAUAUUACUCGUUAUGAAAACGAAGUAUUAAAUGAACCAUUCUAUGAAUCAGACUCUAAUGAUAAUGAGCAGAGUUGUUCAUUUGUUCCAACAAGUUCAUUUGAAUUUAUAGAGCCAGGAAACUCAUCACCAGUAACGAAUAUAGAUAGACAAGAAUAUUCUAAUACAUCUGAAAAAGAUAAAAGCUUUAAUUCAAAAAUACGAAAUGUUACAACUGAUAAUGAACAUCAUGUCAUACCUCAUUCCAGUGCUCUUACAUUAAACACGAGUUCUUCUAGCGUGAAUAAUUAUUACUUUAUAGAUGCAUCAAGCCUUAAUGACGACAAUGAAGUAACUUGUUCGAAAAAAAGUGAAGAUCAAUCUCAAAUUAGUUUAAUAAAAUUACAAGGAAAUGUCAGUCAUAUUCAAUCACCAUCUGGAAGUCAAGAAAAACAAAGCAGUAACUUAAUUCGAAAGACUGCAUUAUCAAGUGGACAUGAAUCAACAGCAAAAUUUGAACGUGAAUUAAAACUCGUAGAAUAUUUAAAGCCGGUUUCAGAAACAAAAAAAAUAAAACGUAUUGAUUCUGCUACAGAAGAAAAACCGAUUGAAAAAGAAGCUUUAGUAGUAGAGAUAAAAGAAGCAGAUAGCGGAGAAAGUAAUCAUCCUUCGCCAUGUAUUGAUAAUAACAAAAAAGCCCAAUACGAAAAUGAAGAAAAUGAUAAUGAUGAUUUAAUAGCUAUCAAUAUUGAUAAUACUCAAGACUCUCAGUAUUCUUUAGUAAGGUGUAACACAUUUGAAUUAGAAUCAGGUGAUAAACUUCUAUCACGUUUUCGUCAAGAAGAUGAACGUCGACAAGGUCAUUUAAUAUUUAAAAAUUCAAUUCCACAAUACUCAAGCCAUCGCGUUGAUGAUGAUUUAACAUUUAAUGGCAAAAAUUAUCCUUCCAUGUCAUACUUUUCUGAUUCAGCACACAAAAAUCAAGAAAAUAGAGAUAUUGAAUAUUCUGGCAGUUUAAAUGAAGUAUUUUAUUACUCACAAUCUGCUGGAACUUCAUCGAAAUCAUUCAAUAAUGAUAACUCAAAUCACGCAAACAAUUCAGACAAAAAUUAUCCAAUAACAAAAAGUGCAAGUGACAAAUUUUUAGCUGAUAAUUCAGAAACAGAUGAUAACUCUACUGCGGAUUGUAACAGUUUACCAAUAACUUUAAAUCCUUCAUCACAAGGAAAUCGUUUGGGAGUAAUGAAAAGAACUAAAAGAGAUGAAAUGACCCCUAUAGUUUCUGGAGGCGUUUGCACUAAUGAUUAUUCGAGACCCACAGACAGUCCUACUGUUCGAAGAAAAACUGAAUCAACUCCAAUCGUGUCAGGGGGUUCUGUACUCUCUGAUCAUCCAUUAAAAGAAAUUAAACCUACCCGUAUGUCAUCAUCAAUGACCACGUGGGUAGUUGAUAUGAGUGACUGUAAGAGUAAUUUAAAAUCUGUUAAUGGAUCUUCUUCGAGUAGUAUGUCUCAAAGUUAUUCUUUCUCAGAUUCAAGUAAUAAAAAUUCAUCUAAAGUGAAAUCAUCAGAAAAACAAGGAAGUUUGGGAUUUUUUGUUAAUUUAAAAGAUAUUAAUAAUUCGACAAAAGUAUUAAGUAGUGAAAAACAAACAGAAUCUAAUAAAGAUAUCCCAAAACAAUCUUGUGAAUUUUUUAUUGAUAUUUCGAAGACUGAAAAAACUAUCAAUAAAUGUGAAAAAAAAGAAAUUAAUAAUUUGAAGGAACAUUCAGGUGAAAGUAGUGAAAAGAAAAAUAUUUUCUCAAUGUUUAUUGACUUGAAUGAGCCCAAUCGUAAAAGCUAUGAAGAAGACACAAAAGAAAAAAAAUUACAUCGACUUCCACAUCGUUCAACAGAAGACGAAAAUAAUUCUGGGCAUGGUUCUGGUGGUGGAUCUUCUUCAUCAAAUGAAUCUCGUUCGAAAGAUAAAAAAUCAAGUGUCUUUAUGUUCAUUGAAUCAGAUUCUCCAGUUGUAAGACGAAGAACCCUUUCAACAUCUCGGCCAGUUUUACAAAGGCAUUCUUGGAAUGUUGACAAAUCACAAAAUCAAAAUAGCAAACUGACUGAAGAUAUAGCUUUUUCUCAAGAACAUAAACGAGCUCAUAGUAUAUCAAUUGAACCGGGAAUUGACAAAAUUCUGCAGGAUAAAUCAAGUAGUUUAAAAGCUUCAUUAAACCACGAAAAAUCGACAUCUCUUCAUCUGUCAAUGUUAUCAACAGGAAAGAGUAGUAAAGUUGACGUGUCUUUUUCGAGUUUCGAUAAUGAAAUGAGAGACACGCCCCCGAAUUCUCAUGUAGAAUUACUUAAUGAUGAUCGUCAUAGUUCUUUAAAACGCGAAGAAUUUAAAGAUUCUAGCAGAACUUCUGAAGUAAUCAAUUCUAGCUUUGAAGCAUCGAUGGAUCCUAAAGCUUUUGAGGAUGAUCAAUCAGAGAUAUCUACUUGGGAAAAAACAGCUACAGAGAGUACUGAAGGCCAUACGAGAAAAAGUGAAACCUUUGAUAUCAGUAGUGGAAGUAAUAGUGGACCAUCUCCAGGAAGUGAUAAUCAAGAUUUAGAUCUUGGAAAUUAUCGAAGUCGAUCUGCUUUUAAAGAAAAGCGACGAGAAAAUUCAAAAUCGACGAAAAUAUUAGAGACUCACAAAUCUUUGACAGAAACUAUCAAAAAGAUUGAAUGUGAGUUUGACAAGCCUGAAUAUGGAAAUCUAGAAACUAGCUGUGAAGACAUGCCCAGUGAUUCUAAUACGAAAUUAAAUGACGAAAAAGAGAGUAAAGCUUCUUGUUCCGGAUUUGUAAGGCUAUCAGAUUUGGAUAAAGCUCCAAUAAAAGAUAAAGUAGAAAUUGAAGAAAAUAUUAAAUCUCGAAACUCACGUUAUAGAAUGAGUAAUAGCAUUCCAGAAAUGUCUUGGGUUGAAAGCAAAUUAGCUAUGAAUCGAACAACAGGUUCUUGCCAAAUGAGAAUUCCUACAAGAAAGUUUACAUCAAUUAUGAGCACAUCUUUACCUGCUAAACAUAAAUCUCCUAUUGAAGAAUUUGGAAAUGAAGGUGAUGGUGAUGGCAUUAUAUCUGAAUCAGAUCUCAGUAGUAUGCAGAGUAGUAUGGGCCGUUCAGGAGCAGAUAUUAGUACAGAAGAAACUGAAACAUCUAGUUUUGCUAACACAAAACCUUAUAAUCGACUUGGUGAAGACUUAUUGAGAAUGUUUUUAGAAGAGAUCAACCCCGAUGUAACUAUAGAUGUUGGUGGACGAAGAAUUCGUGCUCAUAAAUGUAUUCUUAGUUCUAGGUGCCAGUAUUUCGCAGCUAUUCUUAGUGGUGGUUGGAUUGAGAAUGCUGGAAAUAUUAUAUCUCUUCAAGGAUAUUCUUAUUCUUCCGUUCAUUUUGCUUUAUGCCAUAUUUAUAGUGGAGAAAGCAAUAUUCCUGAUUCGAUUAGCAUUGUAGAAUUGGCUACUCUAGCAGAUAUGCUUUGUUUAGAAGGACUGAAAGAAGUUAUCGGUUAUACUAUUAAAAUAAAAUACUGUCAUCUUUUCCAUAAACCUUGCCAAUUAUGUGCAGUGGGUGUUUUAGAGUGUAUGCCACUUGCUGCUGCUUAUGGUCUUGAUGAAAUCUACAGGAAAUCUCUACGAUGGAUUACUAGACAUUUUGUACGUAUUUGGCCUUGCAAGGCAUUCGCAGCAUUACCAAGAGAACUUAUGGAUAAGUGUUAUCAUCAACAUAUUGUUCACAUGUCGGCUGAUAAUGUACUUCAAACGAUAAUGGAUUGUGAUAAAUUAUUAGCAACUCUUCCUAAUGUACGGUGGGCAGAGCCAGUUUUUAGAAUGGUUUCUAAUCUUUUAGAAGCUGCUUUAAAAUUUCUUUCUGACAAUUUUUCAAGUGUUUUAAGUAAUGAUAGUUUUCAAGCUCUUGGAAGAGACCUUACUUGGAACAUUAGUCGAUUAGAAGAUAAUGUUCUUUCAGCAGCUGAUCAAUUACCUCCUGAUCAAGCAUGUAAAAGUUACACCAAAUUACACAAACUAUUAACAACGAUACAUUCAGAUGAGCUACAGAAACCACAAUGGGGAUCAUUAUUUAUUGAUUUUCUAGAAAAAAUUCAAAGUAGAGUCGAAAAAUGUUUAGUCAAAGAAGCUUCAAGAGCUGCAAGAACAACUACAUGGUUAAAAAUGGAUCUUGAAUUGAGAAGGAGAAUUCAAGAACUUGCUUGUUUAGUGAUUCUUCCACAUGAACCCUUGAAAAAGUCUUCGAAACAUUCUAAUUUAGUUCAGGAUUCCAAAACUCCAUCGAAUCGUAAUGUAACUAAUCGAAAUUUAGAAUCAAAAAAAGGAAAAAUGACUGCUACUGAACAAAAUAAUAAAGUAUUGAAGCCAUCAACUACUGCUCCGGUCAUUAAAAAAAUUCCACCAAAACCAAAAAGUGAUCCCAUGGAACGUAAAAUGCAAGAUGUCAAAUUUCUAGCAUCUGAUUCUGGAUUUAGACCUAAGUCGUGGCCGAAUAAAUUAGAGGUGAAAUCACGGUAUUUAGAACCAAGAAAUAAAUCAGUACCAAAAGAUACAACACAUCAAUCUUUGUCUGAGCGUGUAAAUAUUCAACAUCGCCGAAAAAUUAUCAUAUCGUCAUCUGACUCAUCAAGAACAUCAAGUCCUGCCAUGAAACGCGCAGUAGAUAAGAAACCAAUCACAAAGUUAAAAGUUGCAGCAAAGAAGGAUGUAAAAGCUUUAUCUUCAGAUAGUUUAGCCGAUUCUACUGGUGUGAAGUCUACUCCUAAAAGAGAAGGUACGAGUAAAAGUUGCGGAAUUACUCGUCCAGAGUCUCCAUCUCUUCAAUCUAAAGAUCCAGAAAUUGGAUUAUCAGUCGAUUCUUUAGCAGAGCCCAAGAAAAAAACUUUAACUGUGAAAAAAUCUAGUAAGAUGGAUACUUCAAUGUCUGCUGAUAGUUUGAUGACUGAAGUAACAACUCCAAAAUCUGUGAUUUCGACUAAAGUGUCUCCAACGCUAGGAAGACCUACAGCUAAAAGUUUAGCAAUGGAACGUGCUAAAAAAUCAUCUCCUCCAGUGAAUCAAAAAAGUCCUUUAUCCGUUACUCGUAGAGCUAGUCGAUCUAUAGAAAAUUCCACGGCUGCUAGUCGUAAUCGAGUAGCAGCGAUUAAUGCUUAUCAUGGUCCUCCUAAUUUAAGGAAAAACCUUUUAGAUGCUGCAAAAACUCCAGAUAUUUCUAGUAAAAUGAUGAAUGGUGUUAUUCCUAAAGUUAAUUCACGUCAAAGUUUACCUUCUACCAGUACUCUACCUGCUCUAAAACGUGAUAAAAAAGAUACUAAUCCUUCUAGUAGUGAAAGCCCGAGCAAGCAAUCUCCAAAAUCUAAUGGAACCAAUAGGCCAAGUCGGGCAAUACAAGCAAAUAAAAAACCUUUGGCAAAAAAUACAGAAGUGCCGAAAAAAUUCAAAUAUCAGAAUGGAGAUGUUAUCAAACAACUGACUGUUGGUUCAAGAUCUGGAACAUUUUUAAAAGACGAACCUACGAUACUAAAAAAAUCUGAUAUGAAAACAACUCAAGUGGCAUCUUAAAAAAAUAAGGAUAAACAUUCAGAAAAUUCGAAAAAAUGAAAGCUAAGUAAAUAAAGUUUAUAAAUGAUUGCUAAAUUUGGUUUAAAAAAAAAAAUUAAUAGGUGUUUAUAAAAAGUUAUCAAAGAAGAAAGUUUAAUUUUUUUUUUUUUCAAAUUUUGUGAUCAUUGAUACAAAUUUAAUUGAUUGAUUCAUAAAGACUCGUGAAAAGUGAUAAUUCCUAUAGGGAAUCUUGAUUAAUAAUAAAUAUUUAACCGAUAAGUUGUAUGCUGAGCACCAGAUAAUUAAAAUAGGUUUGAAUCGAAAAAUAAUAAGUAGCAUUUAUUAAAACGUCUCAAACUGUAUCGAAAAUGAGUGCUAUAUUUAUUAAAAAUAUUAAUCAUGUUUUGACUGCUUAGUCUUUUUGCAAAACUUAAAAUAACAUUUAAGUAGUAUAAUCAAUAUUUAUUUUAUAUUCUAUUGAAUAAAUAUGUUCAAUUAAUGCUAAUACACAUGAUUAUGAAUCAUUACUCUAAGCAAUUCGAUUCUAUCGUUGUAUUGAUUCCUCAUGAUGAGCUAUUUAUCACUAACUUUAUCAUUAAAUGGCUGCAUACUUAGGAAUAACAAGUAAAAUAGAUAAUAUGGCCAGUUUGUUAUUAAUAUAUUAGAAUUUUUCACUAUUUGUUAUUUUCACGCAGAGCCAUAUUUAUUAAAUUGUGUAUUUAGACAUUACGAGUGGUCAUAUAUAUUAUUAUAGUAUAUAAAAAACGUGGGAACGUUCGUCUCAUCAUACGGUGUUUAUACAUACAUAUAUUUAUUUAAAAAUAAAAUUCAUGAUUAAAGAUUUAUACUUCUAUAUUUCCAGUGGACUGAUUGCUAUUAUCUUAUUUCAUUCCAUUGAAAAUCGGUGCACAUACUUUCCAAGAUACUUUUCCAAAUUUUUCAUACUUCUUUAUCUAUAAUUCUGUGUAAAGUUUUACCUCAUUUUCAAACAUGUAUAUAUUACCACUUGAUAUGCCUUAAAUCGAUUAAUUAUUUUUGUUUUUUACAAGUAUAAAUUGUUUUUUGAAUAUAUUUUCGGCAUUUUCAAUUGUAAAAACGUUGCCAUAAAUUUAUGUACAUUGUUUAUAACUUUUUUUUACAUUAUUUAAUUUAAAUGGGCUCGAACAAAGAAUAUAUAUUGAUUUAAUAUACAUAGAUAAAUAUAUAUUAUUUGCCAAUCGCAGUAUUGAAUUAUCAUGCGGGCAUGUAAAGAUUGGCAACUUUCCAAUAUAUUCAACCGUUAAAAACUAACGUUGGAAAAAUAUUAUUAAUUAGCUCCUAUGAACUCUACGUAGUUAUAUUUAUUUACUGGAUCUUUAUAUUUUUUGCAAUGUAAAUUUUUAUGCAAUA